AUGUACCGGCGACUCAUCGAGUUCUACAAGGAGGGCAGGAUCUCCUUCAAAUACGUCACCACGUUCAACAUGGACGAGUAUGUCGGUCUGCCGCGCGACCACCCUGAGUCCUACCACUACUACAUGUGGAACGAGUUCUUCAAGCACGUUGAUAUUGAUCCCGCCAACGCACACGUACUGGACGGCAACGCGACCGACCUCGUCGCCGAGUGCACGCGCUUCGAGGAACUGAUCAAGCAGGCCGGCGGCGUGCACCUGUUCAUCGGAGGUAUUGGGCCUGACGGACACAUCGCCUUCAACGAGCCGGGCUCCUCGCUCGUCUCGCGCACCAGGGUCAAGACCCUGGCUUACGACACGCUGGAGGCCAACAAGCGUUUCUUUGGUAAUGACAUCAGCAAAGUGCCGCGGCAAGCGCUAACCGUCGGGGUCGGCACCGUCAUGGACGCAAAAGAGGUCAUGAUCUUAAUCACGGGCGUGCACAAGUCGCUGGCGCUGGCCAAGGCGGUGGAGGAGGGUGUGAACCACAUGUGGACAGUGUCCGCCUUCCAGCAGCACCCGCAGACGCUUUUCGUUUGCGACGAGGACGCCACGCUCGAGCUGCGAGUCAAGACCGUUAAGUAUUUCAAGGCGCUGAGCGACGAGCACCAGAAGAUGAUCGAGGACGUGCCGGUCGAGGAGCAGCGCGUCAUUCACUAG